AAAGAUUCCUUCCAUCGAAACCGAUCUUAAAACUAAACUCAACAGUUCUGUUUUUUUUUUUGCUCCAGCUCAGCUCUUACGACGCCUGCGGAGAUGAAUAGCGUAAUGCGUAUUGCGUCGGCGAUAUGCUGCCUUUGGCUGUGUUCUGUCGUAGGUGUGGCUUGGAGCAGAUCUAGCAAUACAGAGGAUGCGAUCUGGUUGCUGGAAAGUAAAUUGAUGGCGACAUCUAAUGCUUCCAUGGUGCCUCUCACUUUGAUUCAAGGAGCUGCCUCCAAAGGAGCUGUUUGCCUUGAUGGAACACUGCCUGGUUAUCAUCUACACCGUGGUUUUGGAUCAGGUGCUAACCGCUGGCUCAUCCAACUCGAGGGAGGAGGAUGGUGCAACACACGGAGAAGUUGUAUCUUCAGGAAAACCACACGCCGUGGAUCAUCAAAUCACAUGGAGAAAGUUUUGCCUUUCACUGGAAUUUUGAGCAACAAAGCUAAUGAGAAUCCUGACUUCUACAACUGGAACAGAGUCAAGUUGCGUUACUGUGAUGGUGCUUCUUUCACUGGUGAUAGUGAGGACCAGAGUUCACAACUAUAUUAUAGAGGACAAAGAAUCUGGCAAGUAGCUAUGGAAGAACUGAUGUCGAAAGGCAUGCAGAAAGCAGAUCAGGCUCUGCUAUCUGGAUGUUCAGCUGGAGGAUUAGCUUCUAUCCUGCACUGCGAUAAGUUUAAGCAACUCUUACCCGGUAGUACUACUAGAGUGAAAUGCUUAAGUGAUGCUGGAAUGUUUAUGGAUGCAGUGGAUGUCUCUGGAGGCCACUCGCUCAGGAACAUGUUCCAAGGUGUUGUUACAGUUCAGAACCUCCAAAAGAAACUGUCUACUACUUGUACAAACCAUUUGGAUCCAACUUCGUGUUUCUUUCCUCAGAACUUGGUUUCAGAGAUUAAGACUCCUAUGUUCCUUCUGAAUGCAGCUUACGACGCUUGGCAGGUACAAGAGAGCUUAGCUCCUCCAUCUGCAGACAGAACCGGCUCUUGGAAAGCAUGCACAUCAGAUCACUCCCAUUGUAACUCAUCUCAAAUCCAGUUCUUCCAAGACUUCAGGAAUCAAAUGGUGAAUGCUGUAAAGUCUUUCUCGGCCUCGACUCAUAACGGUCUGUUUAUAAACUCAUGCUUCGCCCACUGCCAAUCAGAAAGACAGGACACUUGGUUUGCACCAGAUUCUCCUAGGCUUUAUGGCAAGACGGUAGCUGAAUCUGUUGGUGAUUGGUACUUUGACCGGAAAACAGUCAAAGCCAUUGACUGUCCUUACCCUUGUGACAAAACAUGUCACGAUCUCACCUUCUGAGUUUAGAAAAGUCAUCAAACUCAAACAGCUUCUUGAUUCUUUAUCCCUAUAAUUUAUGAUACUAUCUUCUCCUAGUUGUGUGUUUGUUGUCCGUUUUUAUAUGUGUUU